AUGGGUGAUUACAUAAAGACUAUUCGAUAUGGAAAACCUCCUGUGCCUGGUAUCAUAGCGUGCCUCCCGGUACAAGAGAACAAUGAUAUCAUGGGAAUCGAUUUCAUACUUGUAUAUCUCCACGAAACAGUUAUAGCAGGGUUGACCACUUAUCGAGGUUUGAAACACUUCCGUCAUGUGAGGUCACCGUUGUGGAUUACGCUGUUCAGGGAGGGCAUAAUAUAUUACUUCCUUAUUUCCAUCAGUACGAUUGUGGCCGUGAUUUUACUAUUCCGGCUUCCUGUAAGCUGCCAAGCUCUUUGUAGUUGA